AUGGCGGCUAUGAAGGGACUGACCGUGUUUAUUGCGGACAUGCGCAAAUGCCGGUCGCGUGAAGAAGAAGAGCGCCGGGUCAACAAGGAGCUGGCGAACAUUCGGACAAAAUUCAAGGACAACUCGCUGAACGGGUACAACCGCAAAAAGUACGUGUGCAAGCUCGUAUACAUGUCGCUGCUGGGCUACGAUGUGAACUUCGGGCACCGCGAGGCCGUAGAGCUGAUCAACAGCAGCAAGUACAGCGAGAAGCAGGUCGGGUACCUGGCGGUGACGCUGGUGGUCCCCGAGGAGAGCGACUUCCUGCGCAUGGUGGUGGGGGCGAUGCGGCGCGACAUCCACGACACGAACGAGUUCAACGUGUGCCUGGCCUUGAAUGCGAUAGCCAAUCUGGGCGCGCGCGAAAUUGCCUCUGCCCUGACGCCCGAUAUUUUCAUGCAGCUGGUGAGCUCGGCCAGCAGCGUGUUUGCCAAGAAGAAGGCGGCACUGUGUCUGCUGCGGCUUUUGCGGCGGCACCCCGAUGCGGUGAAUUCGCACGAGUGGGCGACGCGGGUUAUCCCGUACAUGGGCCACCGGGAUAUCGGCGUCACCAUGUCGGUGACGUCGCUGGUGACGGCGCUGGCGCAGCAGUACCCGGACGAGAUGCGCAAGGCGGGGGCGUUUGCGGUGCGGCGGCUGAAGAGCCUAGUGAUUGACAACUCGUACUCGAUGGACUACAUGUACUAUAAUGUGCCGGUGCCCUGGCUGCAGAUCAAGUUCCUGCGGCUGCUGCAGUACUUUCCGGCGCCCGAGAACCCCGAGCUGCGCAUGCAGCUGCUGGACAUCCUGCGGCACAUCAUCGACGUGUCGCAGGAGCCGCAGCGCGACCUGCAGCAGAUGAACGCCCAGUACUCGAUUCUGUUCGAGGCCAUCAACCUGGGCAUCGAGCUGGACAUUGAUCAGGGCCUGAUGCAGGAGUGCGCCGUGCUGCUGGGCAAGUUCAUCACGUCGCGCGAGACCAACGUGCGCUACCUGGGCCUGGAGACCAUGGCGCACCUGGCUGCGUAUAUCGAGAACCUGGAUGCGGUGAAGACGUACCAGGGCGUUAUCAUCCAGUCGCUGCGGGACCGCGAUGUGAGUGUGCGGCGGCGGGCGCUGGAUCUCCUGUACUCAAUGUGCGAUGUGUCGAACGCCAAGAUGAUCGUGUCGGAGCUGCUGCGGCAUAUGGCCGUGGCUGACUUUGCGCUGCGCGAGGAGAUGGCGCUGAAGGUGGCCAUUCUGACCGAAAAGUACGCGACCGAGUACUCGUGGUACGUGGACGUGAUGAUGCGGCUGCUGUCGCUGGCCGGCGACCACAUGGGCGACGAGGUGUGGCACCGCGUGGUGCAGGUCAUCCUCGGUAAUGAGGAGCUGCAGACAUAUGCAUGCAAGAUCUCGCUGCAGACGCUCAAGGCGCCCGUGUGCCAUGAGAGCGCCUUCAAGGUCAGCGCCUAUGUGCUGGGCGAGUUCGGCCACCUGAUUGCCAACGCCGAGGACUGCGCGCCCAUCGACCAGCUCAAGGCGCUGCAGGCAAAGAUGCCUGCGACGUCGGUAUCGGGACGCAACGUGGCGCUGACCACGAUCGCCAAAUUCAUUAAUUUGUUCCCCGAGAUCAAGUCUCUGUGUCUGCGCAUCCUGGACCGGUACCGCAACGCCCUGGACGCGGAGCUGCAGCAGCGUGCCUGCGAGUACUACGCACUGGGCACGCUGGAGAAUGAGGACCUUCUGCCGACGGUGUUCGAGGAGAUGCCGCCGUUCCCCGACCGCCAGUCGGCGCUAAUGUCGCGGCUGCUGAAGAAGGAGGCCGACACCGAGGACCAGCGCACGUGGGUGUUUGGCGGUCGCGAGAUCAACCGCGAGCGCAAGAUGCACACGCCCUCGACGCCGACCACACCCCGGCCACCCGAGCUUCCAGAGCCGGCUUCGCCCCAGGCUCCGGCUUCGCCCCAGCAGCCGGCUGAGGACCUGGCAGUGCGCAAGAGCAAGCGCCACUACACACGGCUGCUGUGGGAAAACGACGGUAUUUUGUUUGACGGUGACGAGAUCCAGGUCGGCCUUGUGUCGCAGUUCAAGGCCCCGGCGGGCCGGGUCGGCGUGUUCCUGGGCAACAAGGCCACGGCGCCGCUGUCGGACAUCUCAGUGCAAGCAAUUGCCCAGGACAUGAACCUGGCCAUUGCGCAGGCAGCGAACCAGGACCCCCUGCCGUCGGCCCUGAUGCCCUUGGGCCAGGUGCGGCUGUUCUUCGACAUUGCGUGCAAGAACGCCUUUGCGCAGCCGCCUCUGCUGCGCAUCACAUACAAUAUCGCGGGCAGCAGCAGCACCGUGGAGCUGCAAAUGCCCGUGACCGUGACGCACUUCAUGGACCCAGUGACCAUUUCGGUGGGCGAUUUCUUUGCGCGCUGGAAGCAGCUUGGCGAGGGCGAUGUUGGGGAGGCGCAGAGUGUCAUCAGUAUGCCGUUUUUGAAGACCGACCAGGCUGGCAUGCAGUGGCUGCGGAGCGUCGUCGGCGGCGUUGGCUUUGCCCUGAUCAAUGGCGCCGACCCCGAGCCCGACAAUAUUGUUGGCGUCGGCAUCGUGUCGUCCGAGAGCGCCCGCUUCGGGUGCUUGGUGCGUGCUGAGCCCAAGAAGGAGCACGGAAUGACGCGUUUCACCGUGCGCUCGACGAAUGCCGAUAUCGCCAAGGUCGCGCUGGCUAACAUUGCGAUGAUUGUCGAGUCAAAGUAG